CGCUCGUUUGCUGCGUUGCUCGUUUGUCACAUCCGCGUUUUUGACAUUUUUUGUUUCCUCCCCAUCUCUCGCCUCUCUGCCAGAUGUGGGGGCACGGUGGGAGCCAUAUUGACGUGUCCGCUGGAAGUAGUGAAGACCCGUCUGCAGUCCUCCUCCAUCACCCUCUACGUGUCUGAGGUGCAGCUCAGUACGGUCAACGGGGCCAGCGUGGCCCGCAUGUCCCCCCCGGGGCCCCUGCACUUCCUCAAGUUGAUCUUGGAGAAGGAGGGACCUCGCUCCCUCUUCAGGGGCCUGGGGCCGACCUUGGUGGGCGUGGCGCCUUCCAGAGCGAUCUACUUCGCUGCCUACUCCACCGCCAAGGAGAAGCUGAACGGCGUGCUGGAGCCCGACUCCACACAGGUCCACAUGGUGUCGGCAGGAAUGGCAGGUUUUACAGCCAUCACGGCAACCAAUCCAAUAUGGCUGAUAAAAACCCGUCUCCAGCUGGAUGCGAGGAAUCGAGGCGAGCAGCAGAUGAGCGCGUUCGAGUGCGUGCGGCGGGUGUAUCGGUCGGAGGGCCUGCGGGGCUUCUACCGGGGAAUGUCUGCAUCCUACGCCGGCAUCUCAGAGACUGUGAUCCACUUUGUGAUCUAUGAAAACAUCAAGCGGCGCCUCCUGGAGGCCAAGGCGCCGCCCAACAUGGACGAGGAGGAGGAGACGUCCAAAAACGCUUCGGACUUUGUUGGGAUGAUGCUCGCCGCCGCCACCUCCAAGACCUGUGCCACUACUAUCGCGUAUCCUCAUGAGGUGAUCCGCACCCGGCUACGCGAGGUGGGCACCAAGUACAACUCGUUCUUCCAGACUCUAACGACGGUGCCCCGGGAGGAGGGCUACCGCGCCCUGUACCGCGGCCUCACCACCCACCUGGUGCGCCAGAUCCCCAACACCGCCAUCAUGAUGUGCACCUACGAGCUGGUGGUCUACCUGCUGACUGGUUAAAAAGCCUGCCCAUUGCCCCCUCCCCUCCCUGUCCUCCCUUAUGUACACAGUGUGUGUAACCCUGAUCCGCCCCCCCUUCCACUCGUCUGGAAAAAGGGGAGGAAAAAUAAACGAGAGAGAGAGCGAGAGCCAACCGGUGGGCGCAGCCGCCUGCUCGCCAGAAGAGGACAAGGAAUGGCGCCGUGACCUUUUCGUUCCUGCGGUUGUUAAAAAUAAGUUCUGUUCUAUAACCAAACGGGUCUGGCACGGUGAAGGGGGGGGGGGCGUCUGUCUCACCGGUUUGGGGUCUAGGGUUUGAACAGCGGCAAAAAAAUGUGUUUCCCUAUUUAUAGGAUUAUUCCAUCCUUCUACCCGCCCCCCCCCCCUCCUCCCGGUUAUAUACGGUGACAGAGUUCUGAUAUAUUUUGCAUCUAAAAAUACUAAUAAUUAAAGAUAAGGACAGCGAUUCCAAUCAUUACUGCCGUAGUGGAUAUUAGACCCCGCCCCCAAUCCUUACCUGGGUAACGUCUAUUAGCACCACGCCGUGUUCCCUGCAGCCAUCAGAGGAGCAGAAAGCCAAACGUUCUGACUGGGGGGGGGUGGAAGAGUGCCUUGGGUGUGGAAAACGAGCGGUAGAAGCACAGCGGGCGUAGGAAGGGGGCGGAGCUCCCGUCGAGCUGCACAGGCUCUGGAGGCGGAGCGUCGGGGAGCCUUUGCACGCCGUCGCUCACCUCAGAGGUCGUUUGCGUCCUGAAAUGGCAACGAGAAAGCAGAAAUGCUCCCGAGGAGUCCGUGUUAAUGACGUCAAGAGGAGCGCUCACUUAGACGACUGGACCGGCCCCCCCAGACUAAACCAAAAUGUGUCAUUUGAGCUACUGGACUGUAAGUAAAAAUAAAUGUGAUAAACCCGAUUUGAACAGAGCUGUAAACACGUGUUGCAUUCGCGUGUCCUGAGAUGGCCAGAUGCAAACCGCUGGUUCAGGAGGAGAUUCACCGGUUUGAUGCUGAAAUAGCGGCGCUGUUCUCGUAGCCGCCGUCUCCACGCUCAUCUCGUGGUGUUUGUUUGUAGUCGGCGCGGAGGACGCGGUCAGCAAUGCGCUCGUCAUGCAAGUGCAGACGUGGUGGCAAAAACAAACCGGGACUAUUUGGUUGGUUUACUCUGCAUAUUCUGUUGGUUUUGAAAACCCAUCAACUGCGUUAUAGUUUAAAGAAAAAAACUUUGUCAGUGUUUUACGUUCUUUUGGAAAGGUACUUGCGCUGCUUUUUUAUUUUUUCCAGGUUUCACCUCCAUCUUCUUUUUUUAAUCGUUGCCUUUUCCUGCCGCCUGUAUGUUCCCCUCCACCUUGGGUAGUUGAUGAGCGCCCCUGGGUGGGGGGGUCGCUCAGGCCUAUGCAUUCUCUCAUACCUGUUUUUGUAAAAACAGGACAUCCAAUAAGAUGGAUUCAGUGUAUUCAAGUGUCGGGUUCUCUCACUGGGAAGUUGUCGUUUUCGCAGUCAGUCCCGACCUUCUUAUGAAACUUCUCACAACUGAGAUUAAAAACUUAAUUCCUCA